UCCCGUCCCCGUCUAAAGCUUCAUUCCAAUCCAUUUCCCCUUUCUUCCACAUACGUUUCGUCUCCUCAACUUCGAAACGAGAGAGAGAAAAAGAGAUGUUGGCCAUAUAUCACAAGUCGUUGGCUCACCCGCCUCAGGAGCUCAACAGCCCGGGCGGCGGCCGGCGUGCCCCCAAGAACCCAGAGCAGAUUCUCCAGGAGUUCCACUCCCUCCACCCCGACAACUCCUUCUCCGCCACCUUCAGCGUCGGCGCCGCCCUCGCCUGCGUCCCCUCCCACUCCCACUACUCCCCCAAGCAAAGGUUGUUCUGUAGCCUUGAUGACAUACACUGUAUGUUCUUUGGGGGCCUCGACAACUUGUGCUCUUUGAUCAGGCAGUAUGGACUGAGCAAGAACACGAACGAGGCGCUGCUGGUGAUCGAGGCCUACCGGACGCUGCGCGACCGCGGGCCCUACCCGGCCGACCAGGUCCUCAAGGACCUUGGUGGCUCCUUCGCCUUCGUGCUCUAUGAUAACAAGGCCGGCACCGUCUUCGCGGCUCUGAGCGCCGAUGGGAAGAUACCGCUGUACUGGGGCAUAGCGUCGGAUGGAUCGGUCGUGAUUUGCGAUGAUGUGGGGGUAAUAAAAGGGGGUUGCGGCAAAUCAUACGCUCCUUUCCCUACUGGGUGCAUGUUCCAUAGCGAGGGAGGUCUGAAGAGCUUCGAGUAUCCGAUGAACAAGCUGAGGCCAAUGCCGAGGGUGGACAGCGAGGGGGUGAUGUGCGGUGCCAACUUCAAGGUCGACAUCUACUCCAGGAUUAACAGCAUGCCGCGAGUCGGCAGCUCCACCAACUGGACCUUCUGGGAUGAAUCAGUUCUAUAGCUCCCUGCUCUUUCUUGGCCACAUCCUAGUCUCCCUCUCUAUCAUGUGCUUUGCUUUCAGUCUCAUCUCCUCGUCUUCUUCUUCGUUCAAAUGGGUUUCGAGUUGCUUUAGGCGAUGUACCAUGCUGGUGGUGGGCUGUUGCCCAUGAAUGAAUAAAGGUGUUUAGAUGUCUCACUGUAUACGUAGCGUCCAUCUUUGUACAUAAACGUACUGAAAGGCCUCGUUGUCUAACUGUAUACGUAGUGUCCGCUUAUUCUUGA